AACGACCAAUCUGCGAAACCCAAAAGUCUUAUAAAUACAACUGCUGCUGCAAACCUUAUGACUGAUUUAUCACGUUGAGCAAACCAUAGCGAUUACCUCCCUAAGAACUUUAUACUAGCUUACAAAUAGAGAUAUAUACUCGCGCAUAUACGGCCGGAUAUAUUUGAAUGGCAAGGCAAUAACACUCCGAUUAUAUAGCAUUGUAUAGUAAAACGCUAGAAGAAGUGUUGCCUCAACCAGUUCCGUAGAUAGUGUCUAUAACAAUUACUAUAUCCGAUAUCUGAUAGAUAGGGGAGGAGAGAGCAGACGAGAAUCGGAAGCCAGAGAGAAGUGAGGAAUGCAGCGGUGCCCCUACAUUCAUGAGAUGCGCGAAAGACUACUGGACCAACCACGGGAGACACUUCAACUGGAGAACAUGGAGCGGGCCAAUCUGCUCGACAAUCGCCAAUCGGCAUCUGAAUCCAACCAGGUCGGCACUGUGGUCAAGCUGCAGGGCGAUGGCUACCACACAAGUCCUGCCCACCAGCGCACCCCACUAGUGCCUCACGAUCUCGGCGAGGACUUCAAUUUGGAUUUCGACGACGACUUCCCGAUCGACGCAAGACGACCGAAAAAUGCCAACGGCAAACAUCCAGCGGUUCUGACGCGUCCACAGCAAAGGGUUUGCUACACGUUCAAGCCAAAUCCAAAUAAGUACAGUUUUAUGCCAGCGAAAAUAACGGUACAGGGCACAUAUGAAACAAAUCCGAUAACGGGACCCAUCGAACUAUGGACAUCGCUGUUUAUUGUGACCAGUCUGGUGUACGCGAUCCUCCUGAUUGUCGUCUGCAUCGCCUACGUAAUCAGCGAUGUAACCACCCACCGACUGCCGGUUUUGUACUACGAGACAUUCUUCACAUAUCUCUACGGCGUCAGCAUACUCUUCCUUCUCUACGUCUUUUGUUUCCUGCUGCAGGAGAGCUCUUGCUGCAAUGGCGGCAACGGUGGCAGCAAACCGAAACCCCAGCCCAAGGAGAAGAAGUCGAAGAAAGCCAAGAAUGCCGAUCCGGCCGAUUCGAAGGAUGCGAAGGGCUCAAAGGACUCUGGCAAGGCGGCCAAGGGCGCCGCAUAUCAGCACACACUGGCCAAGUUUCUGGAAGCACCCGUGGAUGCCGAGGUGGCCGUCACCCCAAAGAAUGUGCGCAAGCGCAAGACAACCCAUAGUGAUCUGACGCACGGCAGCUUUUUCCUGCGAGUGGGAGCUAUUGCUUUUGGACUGGGCGCCAUGAUCUAUAUUGGCCUGGAGUUUGGAUCGUUUUUCGAAAUUCCAUUUGAUUCGCCAUGCCAUCAUAUCCUGAUCGGCGUAAACCCACUGCUCCAGAUGAUAUUCACCUUCAUGCAAAUGUACUUUAUAUUCAUGAAUGCACGGACUAGGCCGCCAUUUCAGCUGAACAUCCACCGCUUCAAGGUGAUCGCCCGCUUUGGCCUGAUGCACGUGGUGGCCACCAACAUUUGCGUGUGGAUCCGUACGUUGGUGAAGGAGUCGCUGCUGGAGAUCACGAUCUACCACCAGAAGAACGAGCCGGAGGCGGGGGCUUCCUCCAUUGCGCACUCGAUCCGGCAGCAUGCACUGCGCCAUGCGGGCACCGUGCUGAGGACCCACACAGGACCCAAUAGCGAGUUCGAGGUCCUCGACGGCGAGGACAUCCUGCCCAAGGAUGUGUACAAGAGCGACAACGUGCUGUCCAAGCUGGUUCGCAAUACCGUCGACGGUAUUUCGAAGAGCCUGGGCAUGGGUGGUGGUGACCAGCAGGUGGUCGCCGGCCUAAGCACCACCAGCACCACAACCACCAGGGCGCCGUUCACCACGCCGAACUACCAAUGGCACAGCACUACUAUGGCCCGCAAGCUGAAGAAGUUUAUCACCAGCGCCACCACCGCGGCCACCACGGCGGGCAGCAGCAGUAGCUCCACGAGUACCAUAUCACCGACAUCGUCGGCCGCCAGUAGCACCGCCACCACCAUCAUCACUCCGACCAGCACCGCCAUCCCAUCAUCGAGCACCACCUUCAGUCCAUUUAGCACCGCCACCACCGCCGCCCUGAAUCUCGAGACCAGCGGCAGUGAUUCGCCCUUCGGCGGCCUGCAGCGCAUCCUCUCCAGCGCUGCUCCGCCGAGCCUGGCGCCAGUCGAUGGGUUCGGUUCCGCCGCCACGCCACUUCCCGUUUCCGUUUCCGCCUCCCAUGCCGGAUCGUUUGUGGACUCGUUCCUGGCCAGCACCCUGAGCCCGGCCAGCAGUACCGAGGGCUCGGCCAGCAUUAUGAACAACCUCUUCGGCCAGGGACCCAUGGAGAACAGCUUCCAGACGUACACCGAUCUCGGCCACGAGGAGGCCACCGGCCUGGUGAGCUUCGAGAACCUGGAGAGCCUGGACAGCAUUUACCCGGCGGCGCUGUCCUCCAACAUCGGCACACUCAACUCCACCGCCUGCGGACGCAUCGACAUAAUGGGCACCAUUGUCUACGAUUCGGCGCCCUACCUCUAUCCGUUCAUCAUCGAGUACUCGCUGAUCGGGGCGGUGGUGUUGUAUGUGAUGUGGAAGCACAUCGGCCGCUAUCCGGGCCGGAUGAACGACGAGGAUCUGGAGCACCGGCUGGAGGUGAUGCUGUCGCGGCGGGCGGUGGCCAUGGCGCAGCAGGCGCGAUCCGGACGCGUCGACUGCGUCGGCUCGUCGAAGGGCCUGUUCUUCGGGCUCCUGCUGCUGGUCGGAGCCCUCAUCUGCCUGAUACUCUUCUUCGUCUUGGUGCGCCAUCAGCAGUUCUCGCUCUUGGCCAUUUACCUUGCCGACGCCAGCCACUGCAUCCUGAUGGCCUUCGCCAUCCUGGCCAUUAUAGUGGGAUUCAUCAGGGUCAAGAACCUGAAGUUCCGCUGCGAGGAGCAGUCGAACCUCAACGACAUAUUGCUGCGCAUCUCGGCCUUCGGCCUGUUCACCUACUCCGUGUUCAGCAUCAUCGCCGGCAGUCUGAAGGUGCUCGAGAGUGAGCCCAGCCUGCUGGUGACGACCACCGGGGGCGUGGCCGUCUUCCAGGUGAUCCUGCAGCUGCUGUUCAUCGCGGACGUGUCCCGCCGUCGCGUCCACCUGCCGGAGCACGACCGGAGCAAGCCGGGCCGCCAGAUCGUCACCUUCCUACUCAUCUGCAACGUGGCCAUGUUCGCCAUCUACACAUUCGAAGCUCAAAAAGUAUUCGCCAAUCCUGUAAGUAGAUAUGUUCAGCUGGAGUUCUACGGAUUUGUGCCCUGGUCGAUCAUCCAGCGCAUCACACUGCCCCUGUGCAUCUUCCAUCGGUUCCACAGUGCCGUGACACUCGCCGAGAUCUGGAAGACCACCUACAAGGCACGCUUGGAGUAAGCCGAUGUCUAUAUCCCGAUGUCUAUAUAGGCCGAUGUGGGAGUUAUGAAAAUGCACCAAAACCAAAAUGUAGCGAGCCCAGAACGCAAACAGAAAUAGAAAUCAAGUGAAGAGUUAGUUUCUAAUUACGUAUAAAACAUAUAUGCAUACUACAUAUAAUAUAUAUACAUUAAUGCAGAUAUGAUUAUGAUUUUUUUGUUUAAUAACCAAAGCGAAUCGAAAUGAGAAACGAAACGAACGAACCUUUCGGACCAAUCUGCACGAUAAAAGAUUGCGAUAACGAUAACGAUUAGCAGAUCGCUUGUUGAAUUUCCCCCGUUUCAGUUUUUACUUUGUUAACUCGUGGAGAACUUAAGAACUAAGUCAUAGCGUUUACAUUUUACCCGAAAACCUUAAACCUAAAACCAUAAAAACACGGCACAUGUUUUCAAUCUGAGUUACAUAUUUAAUUUAAUUUAAUUUAGUUUAGUUUCGCCUCUAACACGAUGCAAUACCUUGUUACUUAUUCGAAAUGCAAGCUAAUAUUAAUUUCAUAAUUGUUUUAUUAUUACCCGCUUCGGCAACCGAAACCAAAACGAAAUCGAUUAAAAAAUUCACAUUACGAAUAAGAUGGAUAUUAUUCCGAAAACAUGGUUGUUUUCGCGUGUUUUUUUUCGCGACUGCGAGUGGGGGAAAUCCCCAUGAAAGUCAAAGUCCCCGGGAAAGCACAAACGAAUACACUGAAACACAAAACAGGGACACACACACACAAUGCAAUGCCAUGAAGAACGCGGCCACAGGAAACGGAAACGGAAACGAAACGGUAACGAAACCCGGAAACGGAAACAAAAGGACUUUCUGAAUCAAUUUGAUCUGACUUUUUCACCAAAAAUAAAAAACAACAAUAACAACAACAGUAACAGCCGAACAACAAGAAACUGUGAUGAAUUAAUAUUGAUUUACUGGUAUAAUUUUAUUUCAUAUUAUUUAUGUUCUCUACUUGAUUUAAUCAUUGAACCUCUUCGUUUCUUUAUUCUCAGCUACAAUUCACUAACAAAACUUUUGUAAUAACUUGGAAACAAUGGCGCUAAGACAACUUCAUGGCCAAUUGUAAAAACAAAUUCCCCUAAACACAAAUAACUAAAAACAAAAAAAAACCAAAAUAAAAAAAAAGACAAGAAAAAAAA